UUGGCAAUUCCAAACGUUCGAAUGCUGCAGCCUGGUCGAUAAGGUCGGGUCAAUGAGGGUGUACCACUUGGUCCGAACCACUUAUUUCCCCUCAGAAGUUUCAAUUGGACUUUUGGACUUCUGCCGGUACUGGUAGCAAGUGAUGUCCCCUGCGAUUAGCUGAAGUGCUGAACUGAGCUUUCUUCUUCUUCUUCUUACUUACUUACCGUACAAAGAAGCUAAUGGCGACUUUGAUCGGUUCUUCAGAUCCUAACCUUAGCAUAAGCAACGUUUUCCCUUCUCAAACACCGAAAGCACUUCGCCCUCCUUCCGCCUUUAAAUCUGUGAAAUUUCACAACUGUACAUUGUUUGAUGGUUACGGGAGUAAGAUCAGACGAUUAGGAAGAAGAGAUCAUUCAUCUCAAUCAUUCAUUCGUCGUUUUUGUCAUCGAAGUGUCGUUUCGGGACCCAAGCUGGCUUCAUUGUCAUCUUCUUCUUUAAAUCCGAUCGUUGCUUCAUCUUCGUUUGACUUCGAUGUUGUGAUCGUCGGUGCCGGAAUCAUAGGUUUGACUAUUGCUAGGCAAUUUCUUCUCCAAUCGGAUCUCUCCGUCGCCGUCGUUGACGCGGCUGUGCCGUGUUCCGGUGCUAGCGGUGCUGGCCAGGGUUAUAUAUGGAUGAUCCACAAAACACCUGGAAGUGAUAUAUGGGAACUUGCAAUGAGAAGCAAGCAAUUGUGGGAAAUACUGGCAGAUAGUAUACAACAUCAGGGCAUGAGUCCAUUAGAAAUAUUGGGUUGGAGGAAAACAGGAAGCUUGUUGAUUGGUAGAACACCGGAAGAGCUAAACAUCUUAAAAGGUAGGGUGCAGCAAUUAGCUGAGGCUGGUUUGGAGGCAGAGUACUUGUCUGGUCAUGCAUUACUUUCAGAGGAACCAGCACUUGAGGUUGGGAAGGAAGGUGGAGCUGCAUUUCUACCAGAUGAUUGUCAGUUGGAUGCUUAUCGUACUGUUUCAUUCAUUGAAGAAGGUAACAGGCAUUUUGCCUCAAAUGGCAGAUAUGCGGAAUUUUAUCAUGACCCAGCCACUUAUUUAUUAAGAUCAGGUUGCAAUGGAGAGAUUCAAGCAAUUCAAACAUCAAAGAACACAUUGUAUUGUAGGAAGGCCAUUGUAAUUGCAGCUGGUUCUUGGAGUGGGUCUUUGAUGCAAGACUUGGUUAGAGGAUCAAAUGUUGUACUGGACGUCCCUGUAAAACCUCGCAAGGGUCACCUCCUUGUGGUUGAGAACUCCAACAUGCUGCAACUGAACCAUGGUCUGAUGGAGGUUGGAUAUGUUGAUCAUCAAAUGGUUUCUCAAUGUUAUACCAAUAAUGCAUCUAAAUUUGUUGACCAUGAUCAGACCUUGUCUAUUUCAAUGACUGCCACAAUGGAUGCAAUGGGAAACCUUGUUCUGGGGAGCAGCCGCCAAUUUGCUGGAUUUAACACUGAAGUAGAUGAUGUCAUCAUAAACCAAAUUUGGUCACGUGCUGGGGAGUUCUUUCCCUCUAUAAGAGAACUAUCCUUGGCUGACUUCACUAAGAACAGGAAAGUGAGAGUAGGACUGCGGCCUUAUAUGCCUGAUGGGAAGCCAAUUAUAGAUACUGUUCCUGGUCUGCCAAAGGUCUUAAUUGCAACAGGACAUGAAGGUGGAGGACUUUCAAUGGCACUGGGAACCGCUGAGUUGGUUGCUGAUAUGGUAUUGGGCAACACAUUGAAAGUUAAUAAUGCACCAUUCUCUUUUCAGGGUCGAUGUUGUAGCUGACACUAAUCACCUUUAGCAUAUGACAAUGGCGUAGUACCAGCUCCAGAAUAACAACUUUGCCCUAUUUUCAAUUCUCCAUGUAACGCUUUUAUCCCUUACAUUUCUCACCUCCUACCAAUGAAGAUUGUCUAUGCCUUGGUUUUACUCGCACAAGUGAGAAAACACCUGCGUUAGGGAACUACUUUCACUUUCCAAUUUUUUCUCUCGGUUUUCCUCAGUUUACCUCUCGAGAUUUUUUCUGGAGUCCCUUUCCACCCUCAAACUUUUAUUGUCAUUUUCUUUUUGGGGAGCCCCCCUGGGGCGAUUCCCCCUCCCAGCGUCCUGCUCCGCCCCCCACCCUUCCCCUCUUCUACUUCAUUUCAUCUUUUUUUUUUGGGUUUUUUCCGUCCUUAUUCUAUUCUGCUUUAAUUUCUUAUCUCCUUUUAUCCUCUUGAUACUUUCUUGUCAUUUAUAGUUUUCUUCCUCGUCUACUCAAUUUCUCAUCUUUCCUUCCCAUUUUCCUUUCUCUUCUUCCAUCUUUUUCCUUUUUGUUUUCCAUCUAUUUUCUUUUUGUUGUUUAAUGUAGGUGGUUAUUUCUCUAUUUGGUGCUAUUUUUGGUGGAUUGUUUGUUCUAUUUGCUGCUGAUGCUUGUGAUUUCUAUCGGUUAUAGUUUCCAUAUUGCUGAAGAUUGGGAUUCACCGGCCAUCUUUUGUACCGGCGGGUGGUUGUAUUGUCUUUUGUUUGCUGAUUUAUGUGGGCAUGGUCCAACUUUUUCAGCCAAUUUUGGGUUGUGGUUGGUUUGGUUAAUGCCUUUUAGAGUUCUACCUUUCUACAGUUUUUUGGGUCUCUACAUGCUUGUGGUUGGAGUGGUGCUGAUUUAUGCAUCGUCUGUUGGUGGUUUGAGUACCACCACUAGGCAUACCUCAUGCCUCGUGUGUAUGUUGCUUGCAGGAGUCUAGUUUACUAUUCUCCACCAUUAUGGUUUUUUUUUUUCUUUUCAAGAAUUUAUAUUUAGGUUCUCUUGCUUAGCAAUUUCCUGCCAUUUUAUACUUGUUCUUGGAUGAACGAAAUCUGCCUUUAGGCCUUCUAGAAAAAAAAGGCACCUAAAUUGCAGAUGAUAUGAAGGUAGGAAGAAAACAUAUGAGGUCUACUUUACAUGUAUGUAGAUUCUCUUUUGAGCAUGGGUUUCCUUUUUUUUAUUUUGUAUUUUUUUUGGGAUGUUACAUUAUGCACAUUACAAGGGGUUCAUGGGGUGGGGGCAAAUAAAGUGCAUUUUAGAAGUGAGCAAAUGGGUUGGUUCUACCCAGAAUCAAAU